AGUGAAACAAGACCUGUUCAAUAGUCAAGACCUCGUGCUCAUGAACCGGUUAAUCCUUUCCUCACUCCCCGUGUCCGUCUCUAACCCUAUUUAUACCCACCACCACCACCCACCCACCCACCGUUGCUCCGUACUAACAACCACCAUGAACCAUCGUCUCCCGCCACCCGGUUACCGCUUCUUCCCCACCGAAGAAGAACUCGUUUCCUUCUAUCUACCCAACGAACUCGAUGCCCGAAGAGAUGAUCUCCAUCGUGUUAUUCCCGUUGUCAAUGUCUACGAACACGAACCAUGGCAUCUCCCAAUGGAAGCGGGAGAAUUAUGCAAAAGGGAUACCGAACAAUGGUUUUUCUUUGUACCGAAACAAGAGAGGGAAGUACAAGGAGGGAGGCCAUCGCGAACCACGGCUUCUGGUUAUUGGAAGGCCACGGGUUCGCCUACGUAUGUUUACUCGUCUACCGACAAGGUGAUUGGAGUGAAGAAGACGAUGGUGUUUUACCAUGGGAAGUCGUCCACAAGCAAGAAAACGAAAUGGAAAAUGCACGAGUAUCGGGCAAUCAAAGAAGAACUCGAUUCCACCAAUACAUGUUUAAUACCCAAGUUACAACAUGAGUUGAGCUUAUGCAGAGUGUAUGUGAUAUCAGGGUGCGUAAGAGCAUUCGAUAGACGACCUACAGGGCUCGGAACACACGAGAUUGGUGGUUCGAGUUCGUUAUCAUCAUAGUUAAGAGUAAUCCCCAGUCUUAACCCCUCGAUCUAACAAAUCAUGCUUCUAUUCAUUUUAUUUAAUUGGUUUAGAACUUCGAAUAUGUGUUGGUUAGACUAUUUGUAUAUUUGUGAAUGUCAAUAACUUUAAGGGGCUGUUUGGUUCA